CCCUGACUGUGAGUUAAUGAAGUACUAUAGUUGUGACCUUCAUUGGAAAAUUGUGUGCCAAAAUGAGUGAAGACGCUAAAAACGUAACCGAAACUCAACCGAUGACUGAGGGAAUGGCAGAUCGGCCGAUCUCCAGUCCGCCUCCCUAUCCGGGUCCACCUGUUGCUGUUGCUGGACCUUCGGUAACACAGGUCCACGUGAUACCAGCGCCUGUUACUGUUACUAGUCCUCCUGCUGCUGCUGUGGUACUAAUCGGUCAACAGAUGGGACCGGAACCUGCUAUAGCAGUCUGCAAUACUUGUAACCAACAGAUGGUCACCAGGACUGAUCAGAGGCCAACAAUGCGGACACACUUGACAGCAUUACUGCUGUUGUUACUUGGAUGUUGGCCUUGCGUGUGUAUCCCAUACUGCAUGAACUCAUGUUUACACGUCGAUCAUUACUGCACGAGAUGCGGUGCGUUUGUUGGUACUUACCGAUAUUGAAAUAAAAAGUUAAGGGAAGAAAGUAACAACAUGUAUAUAUUAUUUAUGUAUAAAAAAUUCUAUAGUAUUUUCAAAUUCGAAAAUCAAAGAAAAACCGAUCCUGAUUCAGGUCAUAUAGCGUGUAUAGCUAGUAUUAGUAGCAUAAUACGUUCUUAUCCAAGAUUCGACUAAUAAUAAUUUUACUAAUAUCUGUAAUAGUCUCUUCACCAAGAUAGCGUUAAAGCGGUAUUGUUUUGCCCAAAGCGGAAUAAAUGGUCACUUUAAUUGUAUCAUUGUACACUUUUAAUAAAAAUUUUAAUCUGGUGGGCAA